UAGAGAUCAAUGGGAGCGUGUUUCAAACGUUGCGAAACAGCAAAACUUAUUACGUUCUGUUGUCAACACAUGUGCAGAGUUUAAAACCAGUCAGAAGUAGUGAUGUCCCCAUGAUCAAUUGUAAUCGAAAGUCGGUCGUUUGCAGCAACCGACUAAGCGCCUGGUUAUGAAAAAAAAGACAGUUGUACUCAUGCAAAAUGGCAAGGUUUAUAUUCUAUCCGACGUUACUAUACAAUGUUGUAAUGGAGAAGAUAUCAUUGAGGUGCUGGUUCAACAGAAUAGACAAGCAUGUAAUAUUAGGUGCACUGCCAUUCAGGAGUAUGAACAAGCAGCUUGUAGAGGAUGAGAAAGUCAAGGGGAUUAUAACGUGUAACGAAGAUCAUGAAUUAGAAUACUUCGUUAAUACCAAAGAUGAGUGGGCUGCACUUGGUGUAGCCCAGCUAAGGUUGACCUGCCCAGACAUGGUUGGAUCACCAAGCCAAGAGCAGCUACACCGAGCUGUAGAAUUUUUAAACAGCUUCCGCAACACAGAGAACAGCGUGUAUGUGCACUGCAAGGCCGGCCGGAGCAGAAGUGCGACUAUAGUUACAUGUUACCUGAUGCAGCUGCAUCUGUGGACUCCAGAAGAAGCGGUUACGUACAUCAAAGAAAAGCGGCCACACAUCGUGAUACGUAGCGCACAGGACAUAGAAAUACACCAAUUUUAUGCUAACAACAUAAAGACGCUACGUGAACAGCUACAGCAGGAAACCUAAUAGCAAGAAGUUACUUUUAAAAUAUAUGAUGUAAAUCACAUUUUAUCAGUGCAUUACUGCAAUAGAAUGUAUUAUAUAGAAGACUAUCACUAUAAAAAUUGCGGAGCGUUUCCACUGCUUAUCAGUGAUUAACUGAUAAACUGGGGAUUAAAGGUUAAGGGGCAGGGAGGUAAAUCAUGAUUCACUUCCUAACUUAUAGUUUAUCAUUAAUAUAAACUUGAACAACAUAUUAACAUGUUAAAUCACAUUCUUGCCUCACGUGCAGCUUGUGUUGAUGUAUAUCCAGAGAAUAUGCAAUACUAGUAGGUUGUAAUGCUGGGGAUGCACAGCAGGAAUUUGAGAACUGAUAACUACUUAAAUUACCUAUAGCACACUGCUGGGAGGAAUGCCAUAGCUUGGGGUAGUUCAACACUUACACACUGUUCUUUUUACAAACAGAAAACAGAUAACAGCAUCGGACAGCAACGUUAGCAUUAACAUCUACAGCAGUGGAAUUCCAAUCAAAAUAAACACUCGCAUUAUGCUGCACUUGUUUAGUCUAUUAAUGGAAACGAUUAGGAAUCUUACUAUGUAUAGUGUAUAUGUUACAGUGUACUAUAUAUAUACACACAUACAUACAACUGUAGAUCCAUGAUAAUUAAGACAAACCAAUGUCUAAUAAUAAGUGUAAGGGUGUCAAGUAAUAAUACUUAGGACUUGCCAGUAUGGUAGGCUAAUUGCAGUGUAGAACUUAUCACUUGUAGUACAUGGAGACAAAAAAUGGUACAAAAACUAUGUCGUGUCUGUACAAGUAUAUGCUGUACAGACACUGACACAAUAUUGCUCAAUAGGCCAUUUCAGCAGUUUGUGAUAGGCCAAAUAAUUAAAUUAAACAACGUAGUUUUCUGGUAAUGUAAAUCAGUUUAAUGAAUGAAUGAACCUCAGUUGCUAGUACUGUUUUUAACGAUGUUUGAAACACAUUACAUUAUAUUAUAGUUCUUGAAGUGUAGUGCAAGCACUAACUAACUAGCAGCCAGAUUUAUGCAACAGACGAGAACUCUAAAAUAAAUAGAUCAUGCACAUAA